UGCCCUACUUCCCCUUGCCUGUGCAGUGGGAUAGUGCUGCACACUAAGGGGUUGCAAAGGUCUGCAGUCAGCGAGGGAGUGGAGCAUACGGGGCGGGGGCCUUGCAGGGCCGAGGACCUGACUGUCAGAGGGUCUGAACACCUUCCAGGGGAUGGGUCUCCAGCCUGCCCAGAAAUCCAGCCUGCAUCAUAAAAACCAAGGCUGCGUGCCAGGAAAACCCAUUAACCAUUUGGGCUCCGGACACAAGCCUGCUGAAAAGCCCCAGAGGCUGUAGCUCCUCUCGGAGCAUUGGAUUUCCUCUCUUGCUGGCUUUUAUCCCAGCCUUCCUGGGGUUUCGGGGCGACCAGUCACCGCUCAGUCCCACCAGGUUGGAAGCUGCAAGCACCGCUCAGGAUUGGGCCUUUAGCAAGGCCGUGACAGCAAUGAACAAGUUGCAGAAGCGUGUAUGUUUGAACCACAAAGAGAAGUCUAUAAAUAAAGGCUAUUUUGAGCGGUUAGCCAUGGCAGGUGAUUGCGUGGGGGCAGGGGGAAGUGAUGAAUUUUCUUUACCAGAGGGUGAAAUUCUCCCACGUUAAAUAAGACCCAUUAUGAGCCAGAUGAGCGACUGAGAGCCCUCCAGUGGAGCUUGUUAAAUACCCGCUCAGGGGCAGGCAUGACACAUCGCACGUGAGCUGGUAAAGGCAGCAGCCUGAAGGCAUGGGGAUUGUUUCCCUUUGCAAGGCUGACACCAGAGCUGGGAAAGGGCCCCUCCGAUGCCGGCAGCUGCUGCUGUCCCGCCUGAUUGGGGCAAACCGGGUGUGUGAUGGGGGCUUUUCCCCUCCUAGGACGCUGGUUCCUGCCUUUGCAGGGGCUGGGCUCUGAUCCAGGGAGGUCUCUCCUCUCCAGCCUCCGUGGCGCAUGUAAAAGAAAUUCAAAGCCGGCUUUAAUUAUCCGAGUGCCAGAAGGAUCCAGCUGGCAGCCGAGUCACUGUCUCUAGCACAUGGACUCUUUUGAGAGGGCUUUGGAAACAUCCCAGCUCUCGGCCCCUCAGUGUGGGGUCCUGCUGGAGCGUGAGGUGGUGCUUGGGACCUGAUGUGUCCCAGGCUGCAAACCGGCUGUACGCAGUGGUGUCCUAACUCACCCCACGCAACCCCCAGCCCUGCUGCUUCCCAGGGGCUCGGGCUGUCCCCUCGGUGGGGCUGGCUUGGCCGUUAGCUAGAGUCAAUGGGAAGGCUGGAAGUGCAGCUCUUUUCCUGCUGGCUACACAUGGAAGAAGCUGCAUCCCCUUCGAGAAGGGGCGCCCGGGUUUAAUUAUAAACUGAAGGGCUUGUCUGCUUUAGGAGUCUGGGAAUCUGGGUGGUGGUGAUGUGCUGCCGCUGGCUUUAAGGCGGGGCUUGCAGCGGGGUAACGUGUCUGCACUGGGAGCCCAGACACGGGGGGUAUGUUGCACUGGUGCAAGUGGUGCUUUACCCUCGUAGACAUGUUCCACUAGUGUAGUGUUAACACUGGUGGGUUGCAUUAGUAGCGAUGCUGGAGUAGAGAUCCCGAGUGCCCCAGACAAGCCACCUCCUUGGGAAAGUAAAACUGAUCACAGCCCUGAUAUUUCAGGUGCUGGAAGUGGGACCAGCAGUCCAGGCUCCUUCCAGCAGAGACUAGGAUGGUAACCCUUGGGCAGCACAUGGGGGGCCGGGCUUGUGAGCCAUCCCAUGUCACGUCCUCCAAGGCUUUCUGCCACUGUCCCCAUUUGCAGUGGGGGGGACACGAGGUGCAGAGAGGUUAAGGGACACUCCCGAGUUCACAGCACCAGGCAGUGUCAGUCGGUUUCCUGACAGCAGCGAUUAUCCUUGGUGCUCCUCCAGGUUUGUCGAUAGCUCCUUUAUCUCUGUGCCUCCUGACACCCCGGAGAAGGCCCAGUGACUCAUGCUGAAUCUGGGGGGAGCUGUUCUGCGAAGGCUUAAUUCAGUGAAAACACUGAAGCAGCUGCUUGGCCAAGGGGCACGACGCACUUUCCUGCCCGCAUUGUUCUGGAGCACGAGAAUAAACCCCUUUGGAGCAUAAUCGUUGAGCUGCGGGCAGGAGACGCUUACACAACUUGUUCAAUAACACGCUUCGGGGAGCAGUGGGGCCAGCCCGCCGGUGGCUGUGAAACGGGGUGGCCUGCGGAGUGGGGCCUGAUGCUUGGUACGCAGAGCCCGGCAGGUAGUCAGGGUGGAUUCCCCUUUCGUGGUGGGCGGGUGGGGUUCCACUCUGGGUCAGGCCCACACUGAAGUCAUCACGUCUGUGUCGCUGUCUCUUCCCCCUCCUGCCCCUCGCUGGGGAAGCUGUAUAAUUAAAUGUGGCUCUGGCCUCAGAUCAUUCCUGCUUUAAACCCGGGAGCUGGGACUCCUGGGUCCUUGUCCUGGCUCUGCUACUGACCUGUGUCACCUUGGGCAAGUCACUUAACCCAUCUGUGCCUCAGGCCCUGGCUCGAGGCCCCUGGGAGAGAGGAAGUGUUUUGAGGAAGGGAUUUGAACGUGAGUCGUAACAAGGGGGGUUGAGUUUGGUAGCCGUGCUCCAUGCUGGCGAGAUGCCGCUGGGGUGGGGGGAUAUCACCGGUGCUGCAGUGAACAAUAGCAGUGACACGGGUGAGACGCUGCCCUGGGGGCCGUGGCUCUGUUCUGGGCACGCAGCCAUGGGCGGGGUGGAAUGGGGAGUCUCAGGCCGCUGCUGAUGCCCCUUUCUCUCCCCAGGAAGGUGAUCACGCUGGACAAGGAGGCAGAGGAGACGUUUGGGUUUGAGAUCCAGACCUAUGGACUCCACCACCAAGACAAGAAGAGCGUGGAAAUGUUCACCUUUGUCUGCCGGGUCCACGAGGGGAGCCCAGCCCAGUUAGCGGGGCUCACACCCGGAGACACCAUCACCGCGGUGAACGGGCUGAACGUGGAGGGCAUCCGGCACCGGGAGAUCGUGGAAAUCAUCAAAGCCUCUGGGAACGUGCUCAGGCUGGAGACGCUGUACGGGACGUCCAUCCGGAGAGCGGAGCUGGAGGCCCGGCUGCAGUACCUAAAGCAAACCCUGCACGAGAAGUGGGGGGAGUACCGCUCGCUGAUGGUCCAGGAACAGAGGCUGGUGCGUGGGAUCGUGGUGAAAGACCCCAGCAUCUACGACACGCUGGAAUCCGUCCGCUCCUGCCUGUGCAGCGCUGGGCUCAUGAGCGGCUCCCUCUCCUUCGGGAAGAUGCUGUCGGGCGCGGGCAGUACAUCCAGCUGCGUCAGCACCGCCACCGAGGAGAGCGAGGACUCUGUCUACCAGACCUGCUUCUUUGACUCGGCCGAUUCCCUGGACGGGCACUCUGGGCGGGACGGGGGCAGCGCCCCCCCAGCCCUCUCCCAGCGCCGGCCCGCCCUGACCCGCAGUGCCAGCGUCAAAUGCACCAGCAGCAGCAACGGGGCCGUGGGCCACUUCUGGGACAGGCCAGGUGACCAAAAGAACUGCACGGUCACGCCCCGCAAGAGCAAACACACCAGCUUCCGGAAAAGGCUCCUAAAGUUCAUCCCGGGACUGAACCGCUCUCUGGAAGAGGAGGAGAGCCACCUGUAGGGGGCGCUGGCUGCAGGGG